CUUAGAGUGAGCAGUUUGUGUUUCAAAUGUGGGAGAAAGAUAUGUGGUUUUAACCUGUAUGAUACUACAAAAAUGCAUGAUGAGGAAGCUGAGGAUGACGUCUCUAUGCAGCUUGUCAUUCAGCAAAGCCUGCAUGACAUACCCGGGAGCAAGACGGUGACUCCUGCAAAGAGUGACAGCUUUUGUUUCACAACAAGUCCAGAUUACAGAAAGAUCAUCACUGCCAUUCGGACAGUGAAGAAAAGUCUUUACUUAAGUUGAUGAAGAAUGGAUCUGCUUUUCAGGAAGUAGACUCCCAAGGUUGGCUUCUUCUUCAUGAAGCAGCAGUACAACCAAACAAGAAUAUUCUAGAAAUUACUUUGAAAGCCUCACAUCCUACUGUCUGGCAACAGACCAACCUGAAAGGAGAAACUCCUCUGUUUCUAGCUGUGGACAAAUGUCUUGUGAAAAAUGUCAAUGUUCUGCUAAUCAAUGGGUUUGAUCCUGAUACUAAGAAUGAAGAAGAAGAUUCUGCUUUGAUUACUGCAAUUAAACAUGAAUCAUAUGAAAUUGCUUCCUUAUUGAUACAAUUUGGUGCCAAUACCAAUCUACAGUGUAUCAACAAAAGGACAGCUUUACAUGAGGCAGCCAGAUUAGGCUUGAAAGAUAUGGUGGAAUUACUGCUUUGGUCCAAAGCAGAUCCAGAUCCACGAAGUUCAUAUGGACUCACCCCUCUAGCGUUGGCUGCACAGAAUGGGCAUACAGAAAUUCUGGAACUCCUACUGCGUAAAGGUGCCAACAUCCUUUCCCAAGCAUCAGAUUCUGCAUCUAUAUUAUUUGAGGCUGCUGGAGGAGGAAACCCAGAUGCCAUCUCUCUUCUACUAGAAUAUGGAGCUGAUGCCAAUGUACCAAAGCAAUCUGGGCAUCUUCCUAUCCAUAGAGCUGCUUAUAGAGGUCAUUUCUUGGCUUUACAGAUUUUGAUUCCAGUCACAGAUUUCAAUGUCAUAAAGGAGAGUGGAAUCAGCCCACUUCACUCGGCAGCAGCAGGAGGACAUUCUCAGUGCCUUGAAUUUCUACUCAAAUCUGGGUUUGAUGCUAAUUUUAUGUUGCAUCGAAGAAUUCAGAAAAACUAUGAUGAUGAGAGAAAGUCAGCACUGUAUUUUGCGGUCUCUAAUGGGGAUAUUAAGUCCGCUCAUUUGCUCCUGGAUGCUGGAGCCCUACCAAAUCAAGACCCUGUUAAUUGCCUCCAAGUGGCCUUGAGAAUGGGUAACUAUGAACUCAUCAGUCUCCUGCUUCGGCAUGGAGCCAAUGUGAAUUACUUUUGUAGAGUCAAUACAACCCAUUUUCCAUCGGCUCUACAGUACACACUGAAAGAUGAAGUCCUGUUAAGGAUGUUGCUGAAUUAUGGAUACAAUGUUUCCCGUUGUUUUGAUUGUCCUCAUGGAGAUAGCAAGCAUUCCAAGUACUUAUUUGAAGGAUGGACUUCAACUGUUAUCAAAGACACAAUGUUCUGUGAAGUGAUUACACUGUCAUGGUUAAGGCACCUGUCUGGGAAGGUAGUGCGAAUAAUGCUAGAUUAUGUUGAUCAUCUUAGAAUAUGCUCUAAACUUCAAGAUACUCUUCGAGAACAAAAACUGUGGCCAGAAAUCAAUGCAAUUUUGUCAAACGCACGUCCUUUGCAACAUCUUUGCCGUUUGAGAAUCCGAAAAUGCUUAGGACGUUUACGUCUGCGCUGUCCUGUCUUCCUGACAUUUCUGCCAUUACCAAACCGUUUGAAAGAAUAUAUCCUCUAUAAGGAGUAUGACCUCUAUGGACAAGGACAUCUAAAAGGAAUCUACUAAGUCAAAUGCAUAAAAGUGCAGUUGGAAGAUUUCCUAUAUAUAAAUGAACAAAGAUAUUGAAGUAUGUUUAAAAUAGAAUUCUAGUUGGUACUAAUAUGUCUGCUUGCUGUAUACUACAGUACAAAAAAGUACUUUGAACAGUUAAUGCAACAAAACACUAUCAAACCUCAAUGUAGUUUUGCAGAUCUGAUUUAUGGCAUUUUCAUUUGCAAAGAUAUAUGAACUAACCAAGUUAAUUUGAAGUAUCUAACAUCGCAGACGUAACUUAUGUAAAAACACUCAAAUGAUGUACUGUGGGAGCUGAUGUCCCCAAACCUUGUGAUACCCUAUCUUCUGAUUUCAAUGGACACCUCAGUUGGUCUGGGGAAAAAGGGUUCCCUAUAAUAUAUUUUCUAUCCAUGGAGGGGGUUCGCCUUGUAACCCUUCAUAUGCUCACAAAAUGCACUGCAAUUAUUUUUCCACCUUAGCUGUAAAUAUUGAAAGCAGUUUCUUAAAGAUCAGCAAGAGUUAAAUACAAUAGUCUGCCUUUUGCUCAUAGGUGCCCACAUUGGAAUGAAGUAAUUGCAUGCUGUUUUAACAUAUAACAUUUUCAAGUAGUAAAAGCUGGGCAUAACUAUACUGCCUAAUUUUGACUUUUUCUUUACAAAUACUGUUGAAUAUUCCCUUUAGAAGAAAAACAAUUUGCAUGUGUAAGGGCUGUUAAUUGGCACAAAAAAAGUAGGUCAUGUAUCACAUUCAUGGAAGGUCUUUUGGUUCAGUACUUGUAUUUUUAAGCAAGACUUCUUGUGUAUCGCCUAAAAAUUAUAUUUAACUUUUAAAAUUUGGCUUUCUAAGAAGUUUAGUCUUAGAUUUCGUGUGUGCUAUUCAGAGAUCCCUUAAUAGCUGAGGUUUCUACUGCCCACAUCGUUAAGAUGAAAUUUAAAAUCCUAUGCCUUUUUUAUUUCAAGUAUGCUUAUUGCAACUUCAAAAACAUUAUCUUUUACAAGCCCAAAAGGUUUUCUUUGAAAAGCAGUAUUGUAAAUGAUGUAUGAAGUAUGUAUUUCCAAAAUAACUGAAGUCUUGCCAUGUACCUUUAUAUUAUAGGUGUAAUAAAAAUUGUAUCUUGUCUUGUGUAUUGCCUACACCAAUUAUAGUUAUUUGACAUAGAAAACACAAAAUAUUUUAAAUAUUUAUCAAAUAGUAUUAUGUC